GCUUUUAGCAUCGCUUUUUGUCUCGUCUGUUUAGCGGCUUACCUUUUAAAAAUAAAACUUGAGAAGUCUCACGAUAGUUUUGCAUUCCCGCAUGGUAAUCUCGUUUUCAAAUUACAUACACUCGUUUCGUGCUGCCAGUGCUGUGAUAGGUGAUUAUUGUGAGGUUAUGUAAAACACAUCUAAAAUUUAAUUCAAAUUCGACAAAAUGGCUUUAUGCGACGCGGAAAAAACGUUUGUUCUGCACGGCGUACAGGACAAUUUCCGCAUAGAUGGUAGAGAAUUGGACGAUUACAGGCCUAUGGAAUUGGAAACUGAUGUUGUAUCACACGCUUUCGGUUCGGCCCGUUUGCGAUUAGCCAACACGGACGUUCUAGUAGCUGUGAAAAUCGAACUAGACGUGCCAUUCCCGGAGAGCCCACAAAAUGGAAAAAUCGAGUUUUUCGUUGAUUGUUCUGCUAAUGCCACGCCGGAAUUCGAAGGCAGAGGAGGCGAAGAUUUGGCAAUAGCGAUUUCCAAUACUCUCACCACCGCCUAUUCUUCUUCGUUGGCUUUCGAUUCGAGGAAAUUGUGCUUGCUUAACGGAAAGAAAUGUUGGAAAUUGUACGUCGAUAUAUUGAUUUUAGAAUGCGGCGGGAAUUUAUUCGACGCCGUUUCUAUAGCUGUUAAAGCUGCUUUGUGGAACACAAGAAUCCCGUUUGUGAAAAAUGUAAAUAUCGAUGGUAAUAACAUCGAUCUAGAUGUAAGCGAUGAUUUGUGUUUGUGCGAACGAUUGGACAUCGAAAACGCCCCUGUUAUGGUAACAGUUUGUAAAAUAGGCGAUAAGUGCAUUGUUGAUCCGAACGCUGCGGAGGAACAUUGUUCGAUGGGUUCGGUCGUUGUGGCUGUUUCCGGUACAAAAAUCAGUACCAUCUAUCAAACGGGUACCGGUUCCUUGCAUCCUGCCACUCUUACGGAAAGUCUGCAAUUGGGAUUUCGUGUUGCGAUUAGAUUAAACGAGGCUUUAUCGAAGGUUUUGUCUCGAAUUCGGCCCGACGAGGAAGCCGGUUUUCUCAAAUAAUAUACGUUUUUUUUUUUGUUUUGUACAUACACUGUGUUAUUUAUAAGAUGCG